AUGAGCACUAGUUAUAGUAUGUGGCCAGUUAUGCUAGUGCCGUACAAUCUGCCUCCUUGGAAAUGCAUGAAAGGAGUGUAUUCAAUGAUGUCAUUACUCAUACCUGGUCCUCGAGCACCUGGGAAAGACAUUGAUGUGUAUCUUCGUCCAUUAAUAGACGAAUUAAAAGAAUUGUGGGAUAUUGGAGUUGAAACUUUUGAUGCCUCUGUUGGGAGAAAUUUUAAUUUGCGGGCAUGUGUAUUGUGGACUAUAAAUGAUUUUCCUGCUUACGGAAAUUUAUCUGGGUGGAGCACAAAAGGGUACAAAGCUUGUCCUGUUUGUAACGAAGAUGUAACUUCAGAGGGGUUGAGAGGAAAAUUAUGUUUUAUGGGAGCUCGACGAAAUUUGCCUGAGGAUCAUGAGUGGAGAAGGAGUAAAUAUUUUAACGGUUUAGUUGAAGAUCGUCCUCCUCCCAGAUUAUUUUCUGGGGAUGACAUAUUGCGGCAAUUAGAUCGUGUUUAUAAAGCUAGGCCUGGAAAACAUCCUGACAAUCCUGAUUUAAAGCGACACCAUGGGAAAACAAAAGACACCAACAAGGCUCGUUUGGACUUGGCAGAUAGGAAGAUAAGAAAAGAAUUGCAUCUCACACGCCAAGGGAAUAAAUUGAAGAAGCCUCAUGCUAGAUAUGUUUUGAAAUUGGAAUACCGUAGGCUGUUUUGUAAGUUCCUCAAAGUUGUCAAAUUUCCUGAUGGGUAUGCUGCCAAUAUUUGCAAAAAUGUGAACAUUGUCGAUGGGAAGAUACAUAAUUUAAAAAAUCAUGAUUGCCAUGUUUUACUUCAACGCCUCCUCCCAGUUGGUAUUCGUUCAUAUUUGGACAAGGAUGUGUGCACUGCAAUUGUUGAGCUGGCCAUUUUUUUCCAACAGAUAUGUGCAAAAACUUUAAAGGUGUCAGACUUGGAAAGAAUGGAGAAGGAGAUUGUUAUAAUAUUGUGCAAAUUAGAGAGAAUUUUUCCACCGGCUUUUUUUGAUGUAAUGGUUCACUUGGCAGUCCAUUUACCUCGUGAAGCUUUGCUUGGUGGUCCAGUUACCUAUCGGUGGAUGUAUCCUAUUGAGAGAAAUUUAGGAACAUAUAAAAAGUAUGUUACAAAUAAAGCUCGACCUGAAGGUUCUAUUGCAGAAGCAUAUAUUGUCAAUGAAGCAGUGACAUUUUGUUCUAUGUAUUUUCGUGAGAUUGAAACCCGUAUCAAUCGGGCAGAACGAAAUGUUGAUGUAGAAGAUGACCAAGUAGUAGAUGGUUUAUCAAUUUUCUCUCAGAAAGUUCGUCCAUUCUGCGGAAAAAAAUAUAUACUAUUGGAUCGGAAGGAAGUGAAUAAAGCUCAUUGGUAUGUACUAUACAACUGUGACGAGGUGAAACCUUAUCUCAAGUAA